AGAGGCAGUCAGUGUGCUGGAGAGUGUGCUGGAUCAGAUGUAUGCAGGUGAGACUCCUGACCUGGGUGACCUGGAAGAGUCUGAGAGGGAAACAGUCCAGGCCAUAUUGGAUCUUGUAGACCAAUGUGAUGGGAAGGAUGAGGACGAGAUCAGAUCCUCACUUCUCAGUGCCGUCCACCUCAUUGUCAGUGCCAUGGAUGGAAUGACAGAUGAAGGUCUCUCUGUGUUGGGAUCCUGUUGCAGUCCUCCAGUCUUACAGGCCCUGCAGAUCCUGGUGCAGCAUGUGGCAGCAGGGAGUGGGGAGACCCUCUCUCUGAGAGAUGCUGGUCUGGCUGUUCUGACUGAGGAGGAGGUGUAUCAGAGGACAGAGAGUCUCUUUGGUCACUCUGAAGUUACACUGAAGAGAGAGGAGGACACACUGAGGACAGAGAUGAAGGACCAGCCUGGAUACCUUCCUCUAGUCAUGAGUAUCACUGUGAAAGGCCUGGCCUCUUUAGUGUAAGGAGGGAGGGAGAGGGAGAGAGAGAGAGACCAUGCAACUUGUAAAUCCUGUUUGAACUGAUACACUCAGUAUUCCAUUCCAUGUCUUACUCUUGCACUAGUUGAGCCACAGAACCAGUGAUCAACAGUGAAUGUAUCCUUGUAAUGUUUUCAGUAAAGUUCAACAAAUGAUA